AUGGCUGCAAAGGAGAAGUUGGAGGCAGUAUUAAAUGUGGCCCUAAGGGUCCCAAGCAUCAUGCUGUUGGAUGUCUUGUACAGAUGGGAUGUCAGCUCAUUCUUCCAGCAGAUCCAAAGAAGUAGCCUGCACAACAACCCUCUCUUCCAGUACAAGUACUUGGCCCUUAAUAUGCAUUAUGUGGGUUAUAUUUUAAGUGUUGUGCUCCUAACUUUACCGAGGCAACACCUGGUUCAGCUUUACCUGUACUUUCUGACUGCACUGCUGCUUUACGCUGGGCACCAAAUUUCCAGGGAUUAUGUGAGGAGCGAAUUGGAAUCAGGAUAUGAAGGGCCAAUGUACUUGGAACCUCUCUCUAUGAAUCGUUUCAUGACUGCUUUAGUAGGUCAGCUGGUGGUAUGUACGCUCUGCUCCUGCGUCAUGAAAACAAAACAGAUCUGGCUUUUCUCUGCUCACAUGCUCCCUCUGCUGGCACGACUUUGCCUGGUCCCUUUGGAAACCAUCGUCGUCAUCAACAAAUUUGCCAUGAUUUUCACUGGUUUGGAAGUUCUCUACUUUCUGGCAUCAAACCUUCUGGUGCCCUAUAACUUGGCAAAAUCUGCAUACAGGGAGCUUGUCCAGGUGGUGGAGGUGUAUGGUCUCCUGGCUUUGGGGAUGUCUCUGUGGAACCAGCUGGUUGUCCCAGUUCUUUUCAUGGUGUUUUGGCUUGUCUUAUUUGCUCUUCAGAUCUAUUCCUAUUUCAGUACACGGGACCAGCCUGCCUCAAGAGAGAGGCUCCUCUUCCUCUUCUUGACAAGUAUUGCUGAAUGCUGUAGCACUCCGUACUCACUGCUGGGCUUGGUCUUCACAGUCUCUUUUGUUGCUUUGGGAGUUCUGACUCUCUGCAAGUUUUACUUGCAGGGUUACCGAGCAUUCAUGAAUGAUCCUGCUAUGAACAGGGGAAUGACUGAAGGAGUCACACUCCUGAUCCUGGCUGUGCAGACAGGUUUGAUUGAGCUCCAAGUUGUGCAUCGGGCAUUCCUUCUCAGUAUUAUUCUCUUCAUUGUGGUGGCAUCCAUACUUCAGUCCAUGCUGGAAAUUGCUGAUCCCAUUGUCUUGGCAUUGGGAGCCUCAAGGGACAAGAGUCUGUGGAAGCACUUCCGAGCAGUCAGCCUCUGUUUGUUCUUACUCGUGUUCCCCGCAUACAUGGCCUACAUGAUUUGUCAGUUUUUCCACAUGGAUUUCUGGCUGUUGAUCAUUAUCUCCAGCAGUAUUCUAACCUCUCUUCAGGUGCUUGGGACACUCUUCAUUUAUGUUUUGUUUAUGGUGGAGGAGUUCAGAAAAGAACCAGUAGAAAAUAUGGAUGAUGUGAUUUAUUAUGUAAACGGCACAUACCGGCUGCUGGAAUUCCUUGUUGCUCUCUGUGUGGUGGCAUAUGGUGUCGCAGAAACGAUCUUUGGUGAAUGGACUGUGAUGGGUUCUGUGAUCAUCUUCAUUCACUCCUAUUACAACGUGUGGUUGCGGGCCCAACUGGGGUGGAAAAGUUUCCUUCUUCGCAGAGACGCUGUGAAUAAGAUAAAAUCACUGCCUGUUGCCACCAAAGAGCAGUUGGAGCAACACAAUGAUAUCUGUGCCAUCUGCUACCAGGAUAUGAAAACUGCUGUAAUCACACCAUGUAGCCAUUUUUUUCAUGCGGGUUGUCUAAAGAAAUGGCUGUAUGUGCAAGAAACCUGCCCUCUGUGCCACUGCCAACUUAAGAGCCCUUCACAGCUACCGGGGCUGGGACCGGAGCCAGUUCAACAGCCAAAUCCUAGUGCAGAGCAAAAUACCAGACCUGGAGAUGCAACUGAGCCCCCUGCUUUUGAACAUGACAAUGAUCUAAAUAUGAAAGGCAGCCGGAGCAAGAGCGAUGGACAGGAUGCUGAUGGGCAGGACAGCCUGGAGGCCUCUGCUGAGAUGGAGGGGUCUCAGAGCAUGGACAGUGACACAAGCCCGUGUGAGGCCAACCAGGGAGCAGCUUGUGCUGCAGAACUAAUUGCAGCCCCAGAGGGGUGCCCUGCUCGAGAUCCAAGGGUUUGUGUCCAGCUCUGA